CGUACGAGUUGACUUUUCACCAUGGCCAGCGUCGGGCGAGGGAGGGGGAGAGGGAGGGGCCUACUGGUCACUAAAGUUGGAUCUGUGUCAAAGCCUGGACCUGAAGGUGAUGUGGGAUCGACCAAGGAUGGGGAAUCCCCACCACCAGGGGGCACUGUACAGGAACUCGAGGACUACCUGGAGGGGCUGACCCUUAAUCUGACCGAGGACAAUCUUGAAGACAUCCUCACCUUGUCCAAAUCAAUGUCAACAGAGGACCACGUGAUGAAUGUGGCCAAGCGCAUUUAUGACAAGAGUUUGAAAGACCUUGAGUUUGCCAAAUGCGGAGCAUGUAUUUGUGAUAGACUGUCUAAUGUUGAGGUUCAAACAGCUAAAUUUAGAAAUGUUAUUCUCCGAUACGUGCAGGAGGAUUUUAAAGGAAAGGAGGAGAUGAGAUCUUCAGACAACAAGCGUUACCUAGGAUUCGUCACGUUUCUCUGUCAGGUCUUUGGAAAUGUUCGCCUUACGACGGGGGACACCAUGAAGCCCUUAGUGGCUCCCGUGUUUGAGUGUUUAGAACAAAUCUUACAGGACCAAGCCUCAACCGAGGAUGAGUACGAAUGUUUGUCAUUACAGCUGCAGUGCAUUGGUAAAGACCUUGAACUUCAGGACCAGCCACGCAUGUCUGCUUUGCUUGAUCAAGUGCGAACACGCAUCAUAAAAGAUGGACUGACAGCUAGGGGGCGCUGUACUCUUCUAGAACUGCUGGAGUGUGGAUCGCGGGGGUGGAAGCCAUUAUCUAACGACCUGACGCGAUUCUACUGCGACACCAUGGUUGAGAUUUUUGCCACAAGUAUUGAGUGACCACCAUUUUAGAACUGUAAACACCUUGUUACAAGUACAACAGGAAGAGCUGCCGUUAAGUCACAUGGCUGUUUGGAAUUCAAUGGAGCAUGACCGUGUCCUGCCUGAUGAAUUGUGGCAUUAUAUAUUAUUCAUAUAGAUGACAUAUCAAUGAGUUCUGUUUAGAUGUAAAUGGGAAAGCACCAACUGGUAUGAUUUCAGAGUUGGGCCUAAUUUUUGUUCAUGUGUUCACAUUUUGCACAGAUGUCAAAUUUUGGAGAGGUGGGUUAUAUUUCCAUGAAUUCAUGAGAACAUUCUUCUCGUCAAUUUACGGUUAUGUGU